AUGUUAGCUUUAGAAUCUUCUUCUACAUUAAAUGUAACUAAUGAACAUUUAAUUGAUGCUUUACCUUAUUUCGAUACUAAUUUUGGAGAAGAGGAACGUGAUUUUGCAUUAAAACUUAUUGAGGCAGAAUGUAAAAUUUAUCGUCCAACAAAAGAUUAUCUUAGAAAUUAUUUUGAACCUGAUUAUGAUUGUUAUUUAACUGAUAUAUUGAAAAAUGAAAUGGAAAGAAUGGAAAAAGGAUUACCUAUGGAAAAAAUUGAUCUAUCUCAAUAUGAAAAAAUUUAUAAUUCAAGUACAAGAUUUAAUGACAAACAAAGUGUUGCAAAGGCUUUAUCCAUACAAAAAAGUAAAUUAGAACAUUUGCAAUUAAGAAAAAUUAAUCUUGAAAUAAUGGAAGAUUAUGGAAAUGAAAUUUGCCUUCGUUAUAAUAAGUUAUUACAGGAAAAUUUUAAUAAAGAAGAUAUAGAAUUAAAUUUGUCAAAGGCAAAGUUAAUGGAAGUACAUGCUUCGAGGAAAAGAAGUCAUCUUGAAGCUGGUGAAAAGAUUCAAUAUCUUGAAAAUAAUUGGGUACAUUUGGUUACAAAGACAUUUCACAUGAAAAAAGAAAUUGAUAGUUUGAAGGGAAAAUUAGGUUGCUUAAAGAAAAAGCAAAAAGUGGAUGCAUAA